AUCUCUGAGCCUGGUUCAAGUUCACUUGGUUCACUGGUGGACAAUUCAACUUUUGUUGCCAAUUAUUUUUGCUCUUUAUCAACCAUGUGUGUUGAUUCGUCUAUGCAUUGACUUUUGCUGAUCUUUGAAUCGAAGAAAUGAGGAAAUCCCUGAAUUGUGAAAUUUGUCGGACUAUUUGGCAAUAAUGUUUAAAGUUUUUUUAUUCGUUUGCACGGUCAUCGCUUUAAUUUCUUUUACACAUGAAACCAAUCCCACCAUAGUUCUUCCGGACUCAAAAAUACGGGGUACACAACGUAGUCGGUUUGAAAUUCACGAUCUCACUGACAUGUCAGGGGGGAGAUGGAAAGCGGUCCACAUUCCAGAUAAGGACAUUCAAAGUAUUUUGCAAGAAACUCAAUCAAAGAAUGGCAAAAAAAUGUUGAUGGAUAUAGAACGCGAUAUGAGCUCAGACCAUAAGGAAGGACAAUUUUCCAAGAUACAAUCCCAAUCAAAUCUCCAUAAUCACGUUCAUCUGUUCGAGCAUGGAAUGAACCAGAGUCCAAGAACUAAAACAGAAUCUUCUUCAGUAGGAAAAAUUAUUCGAUUUUCACCAAGUGGGCACUCAACAAAGGAAGGUGAAUUACUUGAUAACAGAAAACAAAAUGAAAUACAGUUAUUUGGUUUAUUAAAAAAGCAAGCUCCCCCAAAAAGCAAAAUGAUUCGUCAAAAGACGUCCGGCAAACCUUCCGUGAUCGUUGCUAAAGUUCCGGAAGACGAUGACGAUGAUAAUUCAGAUAUUUUACCUUUGCGUAAUUUACCAAAUCCUAUUAUAGCCUCCUUGAGAAGGACAAGGCCACGGGUUAAAUCAGGGGCCAUACGUAAUAACAUUCUUGCUCGAAUCGUGCAAGCGAAACAGUUUAACACAACGAAAGAGACAGGAGUGAAUGCGUCGACUAAUGAAAACCAAGCUCAUGAUUCCGUGGGUGAUCAUGGUUUACUCGAGAAAAUAAAAAACCUAAUUCUGAAAUCUAGUCACGCGCCCUCAAAAAUAGUGACAAAAACACUUUCAAAAAACGCAAGCGAAACAAAAAAUGACUUUCUUUUAUUCAAUUCCACAACUCCACCUGUCGCACAUCACAACAAUUUAACACCGAUCACACGUCCCGAUGAUCACCAACAGCAGGGGACGUCGCAACUAGUCGACGCAUUUAGUAAUCACGCUCUUGUUAUUAAUCAAAUCUCUCAUCCAAAACGUGAAGCAUUGUUGCUUGGUAUCAUCAAAGCUCUUAUUUCGCGCAAAAGUGCUAAUACAGCAACUUCCAAUUUGCAAACUCCUAUGAAUCAAGAGGCUACAUUGCCACUCAAUGACAAACAGGCCAUUCUAGAGGAGAUGCAAAAUUUAGCAAUGCAAAAGACGAUGGUUUCGAGAGAUCAUCGCACCCCAAAUGACCCUACAAUGACAAGCAAGAAUCUGGCUGACAUUUAUGAACAACAACGCGAAGAAGACUUGAAACAAGAGUUAGCACGCGCCAAUGAAGAGGCUUUAGAAGAGAAAAAGUUGCGAAUGGAAGAAAAUCAAAUUGUCUCUAAUUAUGAACGUUUCUCCCACCCAGAAUUUCAUGCAAACUGGGAAAAUAUUCCUGGUACUGGGAGAUCACACCAAAGUCUUACACCUGAUGGUCAACUUAUCAGCAUGCUUGGUUCUCAGCAACUAAAUAUGUUGGCUGGUUAUCCAUGAACAACAACCAUGAUCCAUUGACUUGCACACAGUGUAAGUGUGUUGAGAUGCGUCUUUGAAGAAUUCACAAGUGUAUGCUUAUACAUAUUGCAGCUUGAUGGAAAGCCAUAUUAAUGAAAUGUUUCCUCAAUAUUUAGCGUACGUAGCAGGUGGAAAUAAACGGAUGACUAAUCACAUGAAUUUUUCCCCGACUCUGUUAUCAUGAUUAUGGAAAUUUCAUCAAACAAAGACCGUAUGACAUUUGAAAAAUUUCACUUGUAUAUUUCACUUUUACUUUUCAAUGCAAAGAUUUUGUCAUUAAUAAAAGUUGCUAUAAAAGCA